AUGAGAAUUUCUACAGUCUAUUUGCUGUUUUACUUUUUUGCUAAAAUCAAGGCAUUACUGUCGCAAGACGAAGAGGAUGAUGAAGAUUGCUUUGAGCUUUCCAUUUCGGUUUCGGACGAUUUUGACGUUGUUACGGAGUAUACCACUGAAUCGUGUUCUUCAACUACAGAUGCUACCUUCACUCCAACCUCAGAUGAUGGCUACGAUGUUGUUACUGAAUACACUACUGAAUCAUGCUCUACUUCAAAUACGGACGCUACCCUCACUACAAUCUCAGAUGAUGGUUACGAUGUUGUUACUGAGUAUACCACCGAAUCAUGCUCUACCACAAGCUCUGAAACAAGUUCUUCUGUCGAAGCUACCUUAACAAGCGCUUCUACUGAUACUACUUCUUCUACUGCACAAAGUUCUUCUUCUAUUGAAGCAAGCUCUUCUACUGAAACCAGUUCGUUUACUGAUAUUAAUUCUUCUACGGAAGAAAGUUCUUUCACUGAUGUUACUUCUUCUUUCGAAACGAGUUCUUCUACUGAAGAAAGUUCUACAGAAACAAGCUCUACUGAUAUUACUUUAGCAAGUUCUUUGGGUUCUAGCUCGAUAGUUUCUUCUCAAACUUCUUCAAUCUCUGGAAGAUCAUCUAGUGAAGUUGCUUUGAUCACAAGCUCAAAUAUUUCCCAAACAAGUUCUUACGAAAGUACAACAUCAGAUACCACUGAAGGUAAAAUUUCAUCUCCUACCAGCUCAAGUUAUGAAAUAAGUUCUUCUACUGAUAUGUCCAGUAUUUCGUCAGAGGCUGAUUCCACCACUACUACAGAUGACCACGAUGUUGUGACCGAGUAUACCACCGAAUCCUGCUCUACCUCAAGCUCUCAAAUAACUUCAUCCUCUGAAUUGACUUCAUCUACAUCUUCUAAGUUGACCUCUUCUGAAGUGAGCUCCUCUAAGUAUUCUGACUCAGCUGCAACUCCCUUCUCAACUCUUGUACUUUCUUCUUCUGUUGUUCUCUCGAGCUCUCUGGAAAAAGUGUCUUCUACUGAAGCUACAUUUUCCUCAGCUGCUUCCUCAACUGCUUUAUCAGCUGCUUCAUCUUCUGUUACUCCAACUGCUAAUGAGCAGCUGUCAAGUAUCCUUGAAUCUUCAAAAACAGCCGAGUCUAACCCUACUGACGCUCCCACCACCCCCGUUCCAUCUACAUACUCCUCAAGAAGGACUACUAGCGAUACAUCGUCUUCUUUAGUUUCUUCAGCUGGUACUUCAACACCCAUAAAGUCAAGUGAAACCCAAACAGCUAGCAUUCCAGUGGAUGUUGUAACAAGUUAUUAUUACGAAGGUUUCUCGACAGAUGAAAGCUCAACGAAGGUAUCCACAACACCCUCUAUCGUCCCUAGCUCUAAAUUUUCUAGCAUCGCCUCUACCAAUAGCCAAGGUACUGCUACAACAGAGACAACUCAUACUUCAUACUUCACAGAAGAAUGUUCCAAUUGUGCAAGCUCUCCGAAAUCUUUCAACGAAAUAACUAAACCAGCUCCCUCGGGAACUAAUCAAAGGGAGAGCACUCAAUUGACUUCUCUGAGUUACCUUGAAACAAGUUUAGAGCUGUCUGGGACUUUGACUUCUUCGGUUGAAAGUGAGACCAGUGGUUUCACCUCACCAGUGGAUAUCUUUUCCACAUCACUUCAAUCAGAACCAGAGGCUACUUACACUAUCACCGUUGUUUCUGGGUCAACAGUAACUAUAGAGUGUAGUACCACUGCACCUGCCUCUUCUACUGAAGUUGGUAACUCCGAGGAAACGGGAACCGUCACCGAAGCAAGAAGCACUACCACGAACUUUACUUCAAUUGAAGGGUCUUCUGCCUCACCAAGCCCUAGUAUGGAAGCUUCCAGCUUCUCUUUGCCAAUGCUGUCUGAGCUGGCCUCUUCAACUCCUCUGUUAUCCUCUCUCUAUGAAGGUUCUUCACCCAAAGUCCACAAGGGAAGCUUCAAAUUUUAUAUGCUCUUGGUGCUCACCUUCUUUAUUUAA